UAAGAUCAAGCCCGGGCACUCUCAUAAGAACUUUAACAAGUUAGAUUUAUUUUGGACAAACUUAUUCUUGAAACUUUAUGAAGCCAUGGAAAGAGGACCCGUUUUCCUGUGUGUGGUGAUAUUUUUUGUGGGCCUUGGUGACGCGGUUCUUCGGGACCUCCCAGCACCCUGCACUGCUAACCACGCCCCCGUGUGCGGAGAGAACGGACAGACGUACGACAACGUAUGCUUGGCCCGCUCUGUAGGUAUUGGUAUCGCCUAUCAAGGGAAGUGUAACUGCGCAUGCCCAAAAGUGAAAAUGCCUGUUUGUGGGUAUAAUGGAAUUACGUAUGACAAUGCCUGCCUGGCAAAAUGCGAUCUCGUCAGUUUUACCCCCGGAGCAUGCAGUUUGUGAAUGAAGUCAUUUUUUCUUCUUUAUACAGCUCAUCCAAAACUUUAUAUUGAAAUUUAGGCACGACUCAACGUUAUGUAGACAAAGAAAUAAAACAAAAACAAACGAAUUAAAGAAACAAAUAUAAAAACCUAACGUCCCCGUACACACUGAAUGGUGACUGUGUACCACGUGACCACUGUCUACCUGGAUGGAUCUUUAGAUUGAUGUUUAUUGCACGAAUAUAUUUUGUAAUCAACACUUGGGUACUUUCGUUCCCCCUCGGACUUUAUCAAUCCAAACACGCACACUAACUUGGUGAAAACUUGCGAUUUAUUCUGUUUUAUAUUGGUAUGCCAUAAAUAUCAGAAAAUUAGAGAUUCCUUUUCAUGUCUGUGUGUACACGUCCUCCUGGGCGGUCUUUAGAAGAGCGCGGUGGGGGCUGUUUAUUUGUAAUGCACAAUGGGCAUACAUGCAUUUUUUCUAUGACUAUUAUGCAUAAUUGUAUAAAUACAUGUAAUGUUUCAAAAUAAACUCAAGAAUUCUACGCACA